AAAAAAAAAAAGAGACAAAAAUCCCUCUGGACUCACUCUGGUCUCAGAAGCACCGCUCACCGGAUAAAUGGUCCGGAGGUCGGCACUUUAACUCAACUCCCAAAAAAAAGUCAUUAUAUAUUCGUUGAAUUUGCUUUAGCGGAGAAGUAAAGUGUUGAUGGAUUCGCAGGAGGCGGAGGUGGAGGUGGAGGUCGGUAGGACGAAAAGGAGGGGAGUAGCCUCUGCGGUGCUGCGAUGCACUCUGGGCCUUGUCUUUCCUUUCAUCCUUAUUUUCUUUGCCCUUUGGUUUUACGUUGCUUUAUCUUCAUCUUCAUCUUCAACUGAUAGUGAUAGUACAAUUUCCCUGCCCUCCCAGUGCAAGAUUGUAUCCAGCAGUGUGGAUCUUAGGUCGUCUCAGGUGUGUGAACUUGGACUGUUAAAUUAUAAAGCCAAGAAUGUGUUUUACCCAUUUCAUACCAAUAAGUUUCGCUGCCGCUAUGAUUACUAUUGGGCUUCAGUUUUUAAGGUGGAGUACAAAGAUCAUUCUUCAGGACAGACGCAGCUUGCGUUUGCUGAAGCUCCAAAUGAAGCCCUUCCUCUUAAUUGCAGGCCUAACUUUGGUGCUGCAUGGUUGACCAAAGAUAAAUUUAAGGUGAAUGGAACGUAUGACUGCUGGUACCAAUCUGGCAUUUCCAAAGUGAGCUUAUAUCACGAUGGUUUUUUCAGUUGCCAAGCAAAAGAUCCAUCUACCAUUGAGAUGAUUAGACGAUAUUCCAUCCUGUCCAUAAAAAUAUUACAGUCCUCGUUUUCCAGCAGGGGAGGAGCCAAGUAUUGGAGGUGGGAAAUGAUUGCUGGAGUUGUUGCUGGUUUUUCAACUUCCUUGAUCACCAUCAGCUUCAUUAGGCUAAUACAUCAAAUGAAAUUGUGGUUGCCCCACAUCUGGUCACCAAGGGUGCUCCCUCAGGCUAUGAAUUCAGUCCACUUGAGGCGUGCUGGUUUUCUUGUGAUAUACUUCUCUUUUGUCAUUUGGUUGGCCAUGCAGUAUGGGAAAAGGCUUGGGAUCCUAGAGAUUUUCACAGCACUGAAUUCUUAGGCAGCACCUUUUUUCUGUGUCCCUCCGAAGACCUCAUUUCUGCAAUAUUGGAAUUGCAGCAUGUAACAUCCCAUGUGUACUGAUGUACACAAUUGAGUGUAACACAAUGUAUGGCAUCACAUGUAGAACAUAAUGUAUGUAGCACAGUGACAACUUCAUGUAUAGGAUUCUUAUAGAAUAAGAGAGUUGUGAUCUGAUAAGAAAAGGUCGAUAUGUUGUUUGAUACUCCUUU